CCAAAAAACAUAGGUGGCAGUUGUGAUAAACCCAUUGAAUGACAGCUGAUGGAAUAUUGUUUGUGCACACGAAUGUUCGAUGUAAACGUCAACGCAGUUAAGCUCGGCAAACAAAGUUGUAGAAUAAACAACGCCUCCGAAGAGGAAUAAUUCUUUUGAUUUGGUUUUAUACAUAAAAAAAAAUUUGGUGGUUGAUUGGUUUCAAAAAUGGAAUACGGUGGUUACAGUAGUUCUUCCAAGGAAACGGUUCGUGCUGCUUGCAAAAAGUGCGGUUAUGCAGGUCACCUAACUUUUCAAUGCCGCAACUUUCUGAAGAUUGAUCCGAAUAAGGAAAUUCAGUUGGAUGUAAGUAGUACGAGUAGUGAUUCCGACACCGAUUAUUAUUUGACGCCACUUACCGGCUUACGUAAAGAGGAGCUACUACAGAAAGAACGUGAGCUUAAGUCGCGAGCGAAACGCUCUAAAGACAAGAAACACGAGGAAAAGCGCUCGAAACGAAAGCACAAGAAAAGUUCAUCAAGCUCCUCGGACAGUGACAGUUCAUCUUCAUCAUCGUCGUCAUCCAGUAGCAGUAGCAGCAGCAGUAGCAGCAGUAGUAGUUCAUCAUCAACUGAUAGCACAUCCAGUGACUCGGACGAUACGAAACACAAAAAGUUGAAACGCAUUAAAAACGGUGAUAAAGCCAAAGCCAAAAAACAUGCGGCCAAAAAACGACGCACCAAACGCAAAUCGUCUUCAUCAAGCUCGGAUUAGUUAGAAAUAAUUACCACAUUAUCUUAUGAAUUACAUUACCAUUUAGGUGUCACGAUUUUUCCAUACACACACACACACACACACACACACACACACACGUCGUUGUGGUAGAACAGUACUUCUCCAUAAAAUCAAUUCACAUUUCAAUUUAAAUCCCCUUGCUUUCAGAUAAUUGAAUGUUUAUUAUCUGUUAAAAUUAGUUUUGUAAUGUUAAUGUUUAGUAUCAAGCAUUUCAAAGAAAUUGUAAUUCCGACUAGUGACCGAACUUUAUUGUUCAAAGGCUUGGAAUAACAACCGAUAUUGCUUGCCGCAUAUUUAGAAAUGCAUACGAAAUGGUCACUUUUAAGAACCACUUUAUAUCAUGUUAGGGUAAAAAUCGUUAAACUAAGUCUAGAAUCGAUAGUCUCAUGGCAACAUACCAGAAUAUCUGGCCUAGAGACACUAAAUGCAACAGGCCAGAGUCUCUAGCCCAGAGAGAAUAAAAGUUACGGCAUCACAUCAUCAGCUAUUGACAUUGUAUCACAACUGAUUCAGCAAAUUCAUCUUAGUUUUCUGAACAUCUUUUUAGGUUUAGCCUUCUUUCUUUUGCCCAAAUUUGUACAUGAAAAUAAAAAUGUUAGAAAGGGA